CUCUCCUCUCUCUUCUCAAUCCUCUAGAACAUGCCACAUCCCCUCCGCUUCGACUCAUCCCGCUCAUCAGCAAGCUCCAGCGAAAGCGACUCACACGAAUCAUCCGCCUCCUCCUAUAGUCUUCCGAGGUACACCGAAAAACCACGGCAGUACAGCUUCACUCAGAGAGCGUCGGCGAAACUCAAAAAUGCCCUCCGCCCAAGUCGUCGCUCUUCCCUACCGUUUGCGUAUGUAGCAAGGCGAAGAACAACGCAGCUCGCCUUGGCUGCUGGGCUACUUAUUCUCGGUGCUCUGUUGUUGAGCGAAUUCAGAUAUCAUAAUGAGAGGCAACAGUUGUGGAACAAGGAGCUUGCACUGCAGGAAUGGGAGGUGAGGCAUUCAGGCGAUAGGGAAGUUAAUCUCUUUGCUUUUAGAGCAGAUUACGAAUCCAAGCGACGAGAAGAGAUGUAUGCUGAGAGGAAACGAAGGGUUGACUCUGGAAGUCUUGACAAGGAGCAGUUGUGGACGGCACAAGAAGAUGAAACAUUGCAACGGGAAGUCAAUGACAAAUGGCCUAGCUGGUGGGGAAACCCAGACGUCGUUGGACAAAGCCCGUUUGAUCACCGUCCGGCUUUGUUGCCUCCUAGAAAAGAGAAGAGACGUUUGCUCAUGCUGACCGAUUACAAAGACUACCUUGAACGUAUGAAUACCCAUACCUACGAGAUUGUAGAUGCUGCGCUGCGGCAUCCACACCUGAUUGUCGACGUUUGGGGUCCCGGAUGGGCAGGCUACAACAAAUCAAUCCCCCUUUCUGCCAAUAUUCGCAAGCGAGCGCACAGAGUGUCGCAGUUGGAGAAGAGCAAGGUUGAAUUCGAGAAGAAACAGAGGAAGAAGAGAGAGAAACUUGCGGAAGGGGCAGAACAGGAAGUGUGGCAGAGGCCAGACUGGUUGGACGUUGUGCCCGAUAAGUGCAGUGAUGUCCGAUAUGAUGUUGUCUUGACCAUCUCGAAUAUCUACAAGGAGACCGAUCCUCAUCUGGACUUUUUGGAUUGUGGUGCGCUCAUGGUCCAGCAACUCGGUGAUUGCCACUCUCUCCGCUGUGCAUACGAGUGGUACCCCCAAUCCAAUAACAUCACUCUCUCCAAAUAUGGCUUUGAACUCUUAGAGUUGUUCGACUACCACAACGUCAAGGCGAAAUACCCCGAUUGGGAAAUGGGUUUGUUCGGCCACAGCCCUGAUACUGGUAAUGAAUGGGACUUUUGGCCAGUAACUUGGAGCGAAAAGACUAGCGACGCAAGGAUUUUUGGCUUUGACGGUAGUUUCUAUCCUAUCCGAACAACGGUGACGAAUCAUCUUCGCGAAGUCGGCAAUAAGGAGCUAGAAACCUUGAUUUCUCGCCAUCCUCAUCCAGGCUAUACUGUCUCCGUACCUCAAGAAGCUCGUGACAAUCCACUCGAAACGUACGAGCAGAAUCACCAAUACUAUACUACACAUUUGAAGUUGAGAGAAGACUUUGCCAAGGGAAUGAGGGAGUCCAAAAUCUGUGUCUUUGACGCCAGUCUGGAGAGAAAAAUGAUCCGCAAGUACGCCCAAGCUUUCCUCUCUGGUUGCGUAGUCGCCGCCGAUAUCCCCACCGAACACGAAUCGGCCCUUUCCAAAUUUGUCAUUCCUCUCAAGGCCACAUGGUCUAUUGAGCAGAUCAAUGCUGCUAUUCAGUACUACAUCGACAGGCCAGAAGUGUUGCAACAGAUGGCAGUUGACGGUUUUGUCUACGCAAGACAGCAUUUGACGACGACAAACAAGAUUAGCCACAUUCUCGAAAUGGCAGACCAUUAUCGAGAGGGCUCUAGAGGAUACGAAUUCCCAUACGGUUUCUCUAUGAAAUGUAGGGCGUAUUGGAGUGACGAGAAUGGAUAUAGACCACCUUGGUGUAGAAACACUCAAGGUUAUAGAGGCCUUGAGGCAUAAGGUUCCGUCAAUCAUUAUCAAGAAUAUCUUUUAUAGGCAUUGUUUACUGCAGCAUACUUCCCUAGUUAGAAACCCGUUUUCAAUCGGCGAAUUGAGGUUUUAUCUGGUAUAUCCUUGUAUUUUUACUCUUUGGUCGUUCAUUCAGGUAUUUUAUUAUUCAUUCUAUCAUGACAUACUCGUCCUUCAAUGAGUUUCGAUCCCAUGACCGUUGUAGCAAUAUAUCAUUUAUAGGGUAAUCGCCAUGAAUCUUAUUC